AGUGCGUUUGGGUGCGGUGCACGCAACGUCUGGAUCAUAUAUCUUAUUGAUUUUACUGAGGAGAAGGUGAUAUUUUUUGUCUUUGUCCAUUUUCGACGUAGCUUAAGCAAGGCAGGCAGGCGUGUCCCUUUGUAGUUUGUUUUACAAUCGCUAGGAGACGUUGGGCAGCAUGGCCAUCUUACAGAGCUGUUGCGGUUGCCUUGACGUUAAGACCGGAUCAAAAGUGAUCGCUUCCAUCUUGAUCGUCAUUUCCCUGGCUGGACUCGGUUAUACCGCAUAUGGCACAACCGUAGCAUCAGCUGUUGGCGUCGUGUCGCCGACCAACGUUAUUCUCCUGAGCGUCUACAGCUUGAGCGUCAGCAACCAUACCCUUCUCAUCAUAACAAUAGCAAAGGCAAAGAAACCACGCCCGAUGAUUUCAGCCUGGGGAGUAGUCACUUGGAUCUGUACUUUAGCGGUCCUGGGCAUCUACAGCUUUACGACAGUUCAAGCUGUAGCCCUCAUGUCGGUCAUUGCUAGCAGUAUCGGAUCUGGAUUAAACCAAGACGCCUUCAAAGCAGGAUACGUUGCAGGCAUCGCUAUCGUUUGGACUAUCUUCGGCAUUAUCUUCAUGCUUACCGUGUACGGUACCCUUGUGGUGAUGUCUCACUACCAGAACCUCCGUGACGCAGCAAUGGGACAGGGGCAGCAGCAGGUGGCAAUGGGCAACCUGGCGGGCAACCAACCCUACAUGCCGGUGGGCAACCAACCCUACAUGCCGGUGGGCAACCAACCCUACAUGCCGGUGGGCAACCAACCCUACAUGCCGGUGGGCAACCAACCCUACAUGCCGGUGGGCAACCAACCCUACAUGCCGGGUCAGGUUUAGGGAGAUGGCGGUUGUUGCUGAACUACAGUCAACGAGACAACAUGGAGUUCCACUGCGUUUCCAGUGUAUAUGCUUUUAUCUGGCCUUUUUAUACUCUUUAUGCUGAUAAGUUUAUAACAAAACCAAUGGCUAGAAAGAAAUAUGUCCUAGUUUUAGACUUUUCGUUUUUCUAGUAGAAGAAAGUGUUUUACAUUGCACAUAUAUAAACGAGUAACCUUUUGCUGCAUUUGCAUAUUCAUGCAUUCCUCUUCCUUUGCAAAUGUAUAAUAAUACAUGUAAGAACCGUUAAUGCAAAAACAACAAUGGUUUACGCUUUA